AUGCCGACGCUUCCGCCUCCUGUGCUCGCUCACGUGAUGGAGUUCGCCGUGAACGAGUUCACCCAGGAGCUGGCACCUUUAGAACGACAACUACCGCUUAGAGACCUAAAAGAUGUGGCUCUGGUAUGCAAGAACACCUUGAAUUCUGUUCGCAGUCUGGUCUCGAGCUUUCGAGCUACAACGAUGACUUUGGCACUAGAAAAUGCAGCGACAACUGAAGAUAUUGAAGCAUUGUACCAUAAUGUCGAGACUCAUGGAGCUUCAGUUAGUGAUCUUCGAAUCAUAUUGAACGAAGGCAACUGGAACACGAAAAGCAUUCGGCCUGGACACUUGGAGAAUUUAGAAAUCCGGUGGAACACUUUGUUCGGGUUUCUAGCUGGACUAAAGAGACUUGAUUUGUCCAGAAUUCCGCUGCUAAGCAGACAUACUGUGGACAUAUUGGAGGCUGCAGAGACGCAUUGUCGUAAUAUGGAAUUCCUGAUUCUUCCUCGUAAGGGAGACACUAACCCAGGAGUGCACAGUGUAAGCAUCGACAAGGUCAUGACGGCUUUGUAUGCUACAAUGGAGAGAUGGCAUUCCACUGGUGGCCUGAAGCAACUUACAGUUCCCUCGCGGAACGAGACAAAUCAUUAUCGAGAAAGCACGCAGUUCAUUGAAAAUGUUACGAAAUUUUGUCCGAAGAUCGAGUAUCUUGACGGAUACCAGAAAGUUAUUUCGUAUGCAGAUGUGCACUGCCCAGAGAUGUGGACCAUUUCGCUUGAAACAUGGAGAGCUUUUAAUGCCACGUGCACGAACUUGCGGAGCUUCCACUGGUUUGUAGUACCAUUUGCGGAUCCAUUCUUCCGUGUGUUUGGCGAGUACGUUAAGCCUCGGUUGAAAUCAUUAUCACUAUCUGCGAAUGUCAACUGGAAGUACGACCAAUAUUUACGAGAGUGUAGUGAAAGUAUCGGAACUGAGACAGCAGGGACGAUAAAUCCUCCCGGUUACGGUGUCUCAACUAGUGAAGCUCGCGCGGUAUUGAAGGCGUGUCCUGCACUAACGAGUCUUUCGAUCGACAUCGACUAUAUCCAGAACAAUAACCCGCAAACUCAAUACAUUAGCACGGCUGUGUAUGGAGAUAAGUUCUGGGAGACAGCGGCUGAGUAUUGUCCCCUUCUGGAAUCAGUCGACAUGACGGACGCCUCCAUCUACCAGAACUUUAACAUUCAGUGUGUAAACGACCUCUCUGAUCGGACUCUGACUGCUCUUGCGAAACUCAAGUAUCUUACGUCUGUUGAGUUCUGUGCUGCGCGUUUGACUGGCAAUGGCAUCUUCGAGUGGCUGUGCGGUGUGUCGAAGUUUGAGGAUUCCGUUGGUCCUGAACGGAUGCUUGGAGUCAGGAUUGGCGGUCACAAGCGCUCCGGGUUUCGGUUACCAAGGUUUUACGCCGAAAUUAUGGAGCUUUUGAGGCUCCUUUCGGAGAUUGACGAGGAAUCGCUUGAAGCAGCUUCAUGCCGUACAAAACCACUGCUUUAUAUUACAAAUCCGUUCCAGUCUAAGGUAUCCCGCGUGUGGAGCGCGUUCUAUAUGCGCGAUAAACUCAGGCCAGUGUUGGAGGCUGUGAAGGCGAAACAUCCUUCCCUACGAGUCAACGUGGCACUUUUAGGGCGUGAUGGAGACAAGUUUAACCGGAUCGAUACUCUCACGUUGGACUGGCGUGUGAAAGAGAGCAAGCGCAAAAACGAGCUGUUCUUCGACUACAUCGAGGAGCAGGCUGAGCGCGACACGUAUCUUGAUGCCGCUAGGUACGAAAUAAUAAGUGAUGAUGAGGGCGGCUCAGAUGAGGAUGAUCGAGAACGGGAACUUCAAAGUGCUAUACUGACGGGUUUUAACCACGAGUAUGAUGCAGACCUCUAGAUUGAGCGUUUCAUACUCACUUAAAUCGUUGAUAACGGGCAUAGUUUUUUUUUUCCUACGAUGAUCACCCUGAAAUUUUGACGACGGCUACGUAUUAAAACGAUCACGUCUGUGAAUGGAUAAAAGUGGAG